AUGGUGGAUAAUCAAGAUAAUGUGAAUGAGCCUCCUAAGAAUACAUUUUUAUCACGAGUGUUUGGGGUACAUUCCUCAGCUGUGGAGAACUCUAUAGACGGCGCUGAAAUGAGCCACAUUUCAAUACACAAUAGCCAAGAAUUCAAUCAUUUUGUGGAAAAUGAGCACCAUGAACGAUUAAUAGAGUCAGAUCAAGAAUCUUCCACCAAUGAAGAAGAAAGUAAUGAUGAGGAACCACUUAUAAAACAGCCACAAUCAAUACGUUUCCAGGAAGUACCGAAUGGAAUUGCUAUAACUCACCCUUUUUCUGAAUCGGAAGACGAUGAAGGUGAGAUAGAAGGGAGAGAUCCAGAAUUCUUUAGUGACCAAGACUUAGGAAGCUCUAUUUCAAAACAUGGCCAAGGUUCCAGCAGUGAGGAUGAAAGUGAACAAGCUCCAACUGGAGAUGAUGCUGGUCCUAUUGGCUUCGAGAGAAAUUCGCCCAUUGUAGAAAAUACUAGGCUUGGGUUUCACUCACCUUAUGAUGCCAACAGUAAGGCGAACUUGAAAGGGCCUUAUCUUGGCCAUUCUAAAGUAUUUGAUAGAAUAUUUGCUAAUAAACCAGCUGGUAUGUCCCGAAAUAGGCGACAUGAUGAUUUGGAGGAGAGUUUUCUUUUCCGCAAACCCUCAGUGGCUGAUCCAAGGUCUACAAAGACACCAGCACCUUUUAAUUUAAAACCCCCUCCAAUCUUUCAGAACGUACCAAAUCUAACUUCUGUCAAUAAAAAUAGUCUAAGCACUCUUAGCCCAAAAGAACGUGCACUUUGGAAGUGGGCAAAUGUGGAAAAUUUGGACACAUUUUUACAACAAGUAUAUGAUUAUUUCUUGGGAAAUGGGUUCUACUGUAUCAUUGUCGAUAAGGUUGUCCAACUAGCAACCAUUUUAUUUGUUGUCUUUAUAUCAACUUAUAUGGGUCAUUGUAUUGACUACUCAAGACUUUCAUCUUCUCAUAGCUUUAAGGAGGUACAUAUCGAACAGUGCUACAAGACUCAAAUAUCACCAACUGCCAAGGUACUAUUAUGGAUUUUUUAUGCAUUCAUUGGGCUAAAGAUAUUACAACUAUAUUUUGAUGUGAAAGCGUUAAAGGAUGUCCAAAACUUCUACAACUAUCUCUUGGGAAUAUCGGAUAAGGAUUUACCAACAAUUCCUUGGCAAAGUGUUGUUCAACAAUUGGUGCUUUUAAAGGACCAAAAUGCGAUAACGGCAAAUGCUACAGAAGUAAAAGCUAAAAACAGACUCAGUGCCCACGAUGUUGCUAAUAGGAUUAUGCGGAAAGAGAAUUUUGUUAUAGCUCUCUACGACAAUAAUAUUCUUGAUCUCUCUUUACCAAUACCCCUCUUUAGAACGUGUGCACUAACAAAAUCGUUAGAGUGGAAUAUCAACCUUUGCAUUUUAGGUUUUGCCUUUAAUGAAAGAGGAUACCUUAAGCAAGCAUUUUUGAGGGAAAGCCAAAGAGAAUAUCUUAGUGAAGAAUUAAAGAAAAGAUUUGUUUUAGCAGGUUUCUUGAACAUUAUUUUAUCACCAUUCCUAGUGACAUAUUUUAUUCUAUUGAACUUUUUCAGGUACUUCAAUGAAUAUAAAACAACUCCUGGCUCCAUUGGUUCUAGACAAUAUACUCCUAUCGCGGAAUGGAGGUUUAGGGAGUACAACGAGCUUUACCAUAUUUUUGAGAAAAGGAAGAAGUUAAGCAUGGUCAUAGCUGACGAUUACAUUAGUCAGUUUCCAAACACAUUGAUGAGCUCAUUAUUAAGUUUUGUCCAGUUUGUGUCAGGAUCCUUUGUGGCAAUUUUAGGUAUACUGACAGUAUUUGAUCCAGAUAACUUUCUUAAUUUUGAGAUUACCUCCGAUAGAACGGUAUUGUUUUAUAUGACUUUAUUUGGUUCGAUAUGGGCUAUAUGCCACGGAGCAAUAAAUGAAGAAUACACUGCAUUUAGUCCAGAGGAAACUCUGAGAGAACUAAUAUCUUUCACACACUAUUCACCUAAAUCAUGGGAAGGAAAAUACCAUACAGAAGAUAUAAAAGAGGAAUUUUGCAAGCUAUACAACCUAAGAAUUAUAUUAUUGCUCAAGGAAUUGGUUAGUAUUAUUUUAACACCUUUUAUUUUAUGGUUUUCUCUACCAAAAAAUUCAGACAGAAUUAUAGACUUCUUCAGAGAGUGUACUGUAUAUGAGGAAGGCUUAGGUUAUGUUUGCAAAUAUGCUAUGUUUGACGGAGCUAAAGUGAACAAAGGUUUAAAUGCUAAAACCCAAGCGUCUAAAAUGUUUUCCCAAACGGACAAUGAUGAUGAAAGUGACAGCGAUAAUGACAUUGGUGUGAAUAAAAUGCUCCAAUCUUAUAUGUACUUUGUUGACGAUUAUAAGAAGGCUGAAAAUGCUUUGGGAAAGAAUCAAUUGAUAUCUCCCAAGGAAGGUUCCUUUGGAUACCCAAGAGAUUAUUCUUGGAAAACGCAGUUCGCCUUAGGUAAAAAAAUUAACAAAAGGUCAGGGGAAGGUCCGUCCCAAAGAAGAAACCUAGAACACGGCAGUGCUAAUCCUGAUGUGGGCUCCUUAAACGCUUCAUUCAUCAACAAAUCUAGUCUAUACAAAGACGAUUUCACUGAAAAUACAGAUGAAAUGAAAAAGGGAAAUGGUGUCAUGGGCCUUUUAAAUCAAUAUUACAAAAAGUAUGAUAAUAAAAGAUGA